UAAUGUUAUUUUCACUCGUGUGAUCGCCGAUUGGUCGCUAUUAUACUCGCUGUCCAAUCAGAAUCGCUGUUAUAUUGUUGUUUUUUUGAAUGCUGCAUGAUGGUCUAGCAACAAAGAAGUAAAAACAUGGCGGCGACGGAAGUCGAGCUCCAAGAACUGGACCAAAUUGCGGCAGACUUAACUAAAGGAUGCCUCUCUACUAGUGAUGACAAAAUCAUCAUGGAACGAUGCGACUUUACACCAAAGAACAAAAGCAUCGAGGGACAAGAAGUCCAGGAUAUGAAUGAAUAUGUCAUGUCGUAUUUUGAGUCACUGAAUAGUAUGAGCCGACGCAUUAUCGCUGAACACCGUCAAGUUAUUGAAGAAAACAAAGAAAAAUGGUGUAAUCUUAGCCCUGAACAGCAAGAUAGACUUAUAGACGAUAAAAUUGUCGACCCAAAUAUACGGAARAAGUACGGAGAGAGAAGAUUUGAUUCAAAACCUGAAUGGUUUCCAGUGUUGAAGUUGGCUCACGGGCUGUCAGAUUCAGACCGACUGAACAAUCCCAGGGACAGCAUAGCCUCUGUUACAUUCCAGGAGCUUCAUUCAAGGGAUCAGUUUUCUUCUCCUUGGUCAUGGUCAACUCGGAGCCAAGAGGAUUUAAGAAUCUUAGACGAAGGUGAAUUAGAAGAAAAUAUCAAAAAAGUUACAGAGCAAGAAGAAAGAGCUAUACACAAUCCAUUGCCACAAUUUAAAGUGAGGAAAAAGUUCCCACUUGUCGACAGCAGUGAAUCCAAGAAUUCCAGUAGAACAGCCAGUACACAAGGAUCAGACCCAUUGACCAGGAAGGAGUUUUUGGAUAUCGAUGGUGAACAAGCCACAAGUAAAGACAGCAGUAUUCACAGUAGUAAAGGUAGUCUUGGUUCAUCCGAUGGAAGUGAGCCAUCUUCAUCAAAGAGAAGAGAAGAAGAAAGAUUACUGAAGGAACAUUUGUAUAAUGAAGACAUACAUGAUGAAAGACAGGAUGAGCAAGCAUUAUUACCGACUACCACAUCGAGCAGCUUUGCGUUCCUUACGAAUUGGUAGCGGAAAUUCUUAAUUUAUCGACAGAAAYCAAGAAUUUGUAAAACUUUGGCAGUUAGAGGAGUUAAAAGUAUAYGUUCCUAGUCACGUGACAGUUCUACUUGAACARUGGGACAAUAAAACAGGAUUGGAAACUGUCUUUUGUCCGCRUAAGAUGUGAUUACGYAUUUGGAUAUAAUAACGUUAGMCCUUAGUGCUGYAUGUUUGCGGUAUCUCUUGUGUCUCCUUGAGAUAGUUAGGCUCUUCGCCCUGAGGCACCACUCRGUCCCACCGCAAUAAAAGCAAGGAUUACUAAAACCAAUUAUGUACUAGAAGAUUAUGUAUUGCCUUACGAGUAUUACAAAUGUUAUUAUAAAGUAUUAUUGCAGAGAUUUUUGUAAAGAACAUUGAACAUUCUUAAAACGGUAAUGGCUUAAUGGAAGGAAGACAGCAUAUGGCGAAUGCCCUUUGGGCCAGACCAGUAAAAGGGUUAAAGAGUUGUCGACAAGACGCUGUUUAAAGKCAAUAAGAUAAAGAAUAAAGUCUAGUUAAUAAGAUAUC